AUGGAAAGGGCUCAGUUUCUGCCAUUCAAGAAGAAUACAGGUGUUCAACUUGGCCUGGGAAUCAGAAAUCCAGCCAUAUAUGUCGCAACCGCAGACAAACAACGACAAACGAAUAAUUUGAAGUGGGUGUUUGGAGAGGUUGAUAGUUUCGAGGAACACAAGCAUUUGGUCUUGACUGCUGGACCCAAACAGAAGUUUUUGGACAGCGAAAAUGACGGAACGCAUGAUCGGGACAUGACCAAUGCCGAACUCGAGGGCGAUGACAUAUUGCUGACUUCAACAAGUGAUAGCGAUGUUGAUGAUUAUAGCUCUUGUGAGGUAAACUCGGAACUGCGCAGUAUGGCGCCUUUGGAUAGCCCCAAUACAUUGAAGAUUUUUAGAGACGUUAAACUUAUGACUGAUCAUAGCUACGAAAUCAAAGUCGGCUCUUCUAUUGCGCCACACAAUUAUUUGCCCGGUCAGAUUCUUAGCACUGUAGAAUCCUCAAACACAGAGAGCGCUUCAAAGAAACUGGGAGAUCAAAAACUUGGGCAAAGUUUCUUCGCCUCAUCGACGUACGGCAAGUCGAGAACAAGUCUAUCACAAUUUCAGAUAUUUGAUCCCACCAAUAUUACCAAUCUUACUAUGGGCCCCAUACAUACCACGACAGACUUGCGCAUGAACAAAGACGCUCAGCAUAUCGUCGCAUUUGCAUCUGGUGAAACAGGCAGUAUAUUAAGCAUAGGCGUCGUGGACAAAACGAGAGCUAGCACUACUCUUGAAUUUGUUGGUGAUAUUUCAAGAUACAAUUUGCAUUCAGAGAUAAAAAAUAUUGUAGUGCCAGGCUUUUCCACGGCAUUAAACAGGGCUUCUGAUAUACUUGCAGUAAUCACAGCAAAUUCUCUUACCGUCUUCAAAGUUAAGUCGAUAGAAUGUUCUGGCGGCUGCUCUUCAAUCGAAAGGUUAGAUCCUUUAGGGUUCAGUGCUUUUGAAGACUUUGCUUUUGUUGACAUCGCGUUCAACCCUUGGGACUUCAACGAAUUUGCCAUCAUUGACACUAAAGGAAAUUGGAGCUCAGGAGAUAUAGUUAAAAAGGGACAGCGCUUUUCUAGACUUCGAUUGUCAAUGAACAAACGAGGCACUGUCUAUGAUCCAGAAGAGCUUUCUUCGUGGCGGAGGCUCGAAUGGGGUGCGCAAUACUUCUGUCUGCUCGCCAUCAGUAGGUCAAAACUUAUUGAGUUGAACUUGAAAAACCGUUCGCAGUUAGAAAUAAUUCAGGCUAACUCCUGGUCGUCAUUGCGAGAUUUCAAGCGCGUCAGUGACCAGUUUGCGGUCUUGACCACAAGCAAAGAGAUCAUCUUAAUGAAUUUUAAAAACAGUGAUAUUGAGCGCGUUGUGUCUUGGAAGCAUUCUUUGGAUCCACAGGAUGUGACGAUCAGAUCAGAGGUUCGUGCAGUCAGUGGUGUUGAAUGGGGUAGUAGGUGCGAUGAACUAUUUUUCAUUUUCGUAUUCUCCAGCUUAAGACCUCAAAUACUAUUGCAUGUUUUUUCCAGAACCGACUCAAUGUUUCAAUCUGUGGGCAAAUCAUCUUUGUUGGAAGUUGAGGGGUUUCGCUCUGGUAUUGACCACGUUGUUAUUCCUCAGACUUUGAUAGUCUCUAAUGGCAACAUGGGGAAUGACCCUAGCGAAGCGAAACCAGGGUUUUUUAGUCUCGUUAGAGAGUGUGGUAGUAGCACAAUUUGGAAGAUACUUUUGUCUGCUGGCGACGUCCCUUCGAGCCAUACAAAUUUGGACCAAGAAAAGCAUACUGCUAGCGAUAUGGACUCCAUGAUGAUAGCGAGUGUUCCUCAUAGAUAUGUUACGCUUAAUUCCCAAUUACCCAAAAGCGUUGUAGACCAUGACCCUUCAAAAGAAGAAGCCGCGUUUCAACAAUACGGAUAUCUACUUUCGGAGGGAAUGAAUAAGCUACUGACGGCGUGGGCACAAGAGUCGACAAACGAGAUGAGCACUCGCGGGGUUGAGUCUUUUUCUCUCGACGAACUAGCACAUACAGUUGGCUAUGUAGAAAGUUUGGAAGAAUUUGGAUCGCUACUCCGGCAAUUUCAAGAUCACUACAAAGAACAACAGGUCUGGUUCACGGAACUAUCAACAAUUUCAUCUUCGCUCAUUCGCGAAAACGUCGCAGAUUUGGGCCUUCUUUACACCAGAUUAUUACAGUGCUGGAAUUUUGGGCUCCCGGACGAUGAGCACGCAGUCCGGGAGAUGUUGAAAACUGUAAUUUUGAAGAACACAGGAAUAUGCAGCUUAUCACAGCUUUCAUUGGCAAAUGAGAGCGUUUAUGAGGAACUGUCUAAUGAGGAUCGUGAAUUAUUAGAUGUGUGGGAUGAUGCUGAUAUCGACACCAAGGUUGUUGAACCUUCGCCUCUGGAGCUCAAAUCUGAUCUGCACACACAACACUUUCAGAUUCCUCCUUUUGUCAAGUCAUCUCAGAAUAGUCCACCCAAGUUGCGGAGACCUAAGGAUAAAAGAGCAUCUCGUAUCUCUCAAGUAGCAUCACAACCUACAUUGAGCACGACCAACUCUGUGAAUUCUCAGGUUUCUGCUGUCGCUAACCCGACGAACGUUUUGCCAGAUACAAUGACUCCAGCAUUUUCGUUAACAUCUGCUUCGCAGCCAGUUCCGACGUUGUCACAGUCCCUAAGCUCGCAACGGCUCAAGAAAAAGAAAAAAAGGCUUGGAGGGUUUGGCUAG